CGGCCCCCAAUCAGCCCAAAGAUCCAAUUGGAAUUUCUGGAGGACUCUAACACCGCAUUCACAAUUCCACCUAUAAAAGCCCCUCAAAACCCUAGGCUCAUUUUUGUUCCUUCUCCAAACCUCACAGCAGCAGCGACGUGCAGAGCUCUCUUAAAGCAGCAAUGGGGAUCGAUCUGAAAGCAGGAGGUAAGAGCAAGAAGACCAAGCGGACAGCCCCCAAAUCCGAUGAUAUCUACCUCAAGCUUCUCGUCAAGCUCUACCGCUUUCUAGUAAGGAGAACCGGAAGUAAGUUCAACGCAGUGAUCUUGAAGAGGCUGUUCAUGAGCAAGGUGAACAAGCCUCCUCUUUCUCUGUCUAGGCUCAUCACCUUCAUGAAAGGAAAGGAGAAUAAGAUUGCAGUGGUUGUGGGGACAGUGACUGAUGAUAUCAGGGUUUAUGAUGUUCCAGCAUUGAAGGUUACUGCAUUGAGGUUCACAGAGACAGCAAGAGCCAGGAUUGAGAAGGCUGGGGGAGAGUGUCUGACAUUUGACCAGCUUGCUUUGAGAGCUCCUUUGGGACAGAACACGGUUCUCCUAAGAGGUCCAAAGAAUGCUCGUGAAGCUGUGAAACAUUUUGGCCCAGCUCCUGGUGUGCCACACAGCCAUACCAAACCAUAUGUGAGAUCAAAGGGAAGGAAGUUUGAGAGAGCUAGAGGAAGGAGGAACAGCAGGGGAUUUAGGGUCUGAGUUGUUUUUACUUAUAUAUUGUGAGGCAGUUGUUUUAAAUCUGACUAUUGUGUCCCAAAUUUUGCUGGACUUUAGGUGCCUUUGGAACUUGUUUAUGUUAUUUCCCCUUGGGUUAGCAAUUACCAGCAUGAAUUGUUUUACAUUUGGCAAUCAUACUUCAUUUUGACACCCUGGUAUGCUAUGUGUUUUUAGAUCUACACUUUUCUGACUUUUUUAAAGUGUGAUGGGUAGCUGUUUUCUAUGGAAUUCAGUCAUAAGAUCUGUUGAAAAUUCUUGCUUUGUUUAACACCUGGAAUCAAUAGACUUGUAUCUCUGCUAA